UUAACGAAACGACUGGCAAGGUUAUGCGCACUGUUCUCAGAUAGAUAUGAGAAUAACCUAAGCUCGUGGAAUGGUUUACAUUGGUGAGUAUAUAUUUCUUGAAAAACCUUUGUGUACAUUUGAAAGUGAAAAGUGUGGAUUGAUAGGAUAAAAGGGAAGGGGCCUUCGCUCAUGUAGUUGAAUCCCUCGCAGCUUCCUGGUAUUUUUGUGACUACCUACGCUGGCACGGACCAUUUGAAAGUGAAGACUGAAGUUGACACGAUUGUUUUCAUUACAUUGAUAGGUUUGGAAGAAUACCUCUGAACCUUUUGUUGUCCUGGACUCGUUGGAUAACUCUGCAAAUGUCCAAGCAAAAACUGCCACUCGACAUUCGCAACAGUUCGAGUACGGACGCAAUAAUAUGA